AUGGAGGGGAGAAAGCAAGUUGGGUCGUCUUCUUCCUUUACUUCUGAGCUUUUCGGGUCCAAGGAGUCGUCAUCUUCAUCUGGGAUUUUCGGGGCUAUAUUUGCGCCUUCCUCCAAGGAACUGGUGUUAGGGAGGGAAUCUCUGCGUUCUGAAGUCACUGGGAAAAAGCUUACGGAUGAACCAUUGCACGUCAAACCUGGAGAGCCAGUUGGUGACUCUAAUGGCAGUGAAGGUGAGAGUCAGAGCAUGCCAAAUAAGGACAUGAGUUCCUUCUAUCAGGAUCAGAGAGUACAGCAACCAUGUCACCUCAGCUCUUCAAUCUAUUAUGGUGGCCAAGAUAUUUAUUCUUACCCCCCGAGUACCCAGAGCCCUGGAUUUAACUCUAUGUACAAGAAAGAUGGGACUGAAGAUGAUUCUGGGAGUGCUUGUAGAGGAAACUGGUGGCAAGGUAUGAUAUUUUCAACUUCUGUACAGGAGGUGCAUGAACUGCCUUACUGGGACUCUGGUCUCUCUAUUAUUAAGGGCCCACUUGCCGAGGCAUAUACUCAUCAAGAUAUAUAG